UCAAAAACAGAGAAUUGAAAAAACUAUUGAGUAAUAUAUAUUUAGCAGAGUUCAAAGACUUCAAAUUGCUAUGGAUUUCUUAUGUAAAGUUGUGGACAAAGUCGGAGAUUGGUUGAUCGAUUCAGUUGUUGGAGAGAUUAAAUAUUUCUUUACCUAUGAGAGCAACAUCACAUCUUUGAAUAAUGAAUUUGAGACGCUGGAGGAUAUCAGAAGUGGAGUGCAGCUAGGAGCAGAAGCUGCUCGGAGAAACUCACGUGAGGUUGCACCAACGAUCCAGCAUUGGUCAGCGCGUGUUGAUACCACUACUAGUGAUGUAGCUACUAUAUUGCAACGUAGAGCUGAAGUUGAAAGAGGUUGUUGCUAUGGCCGGUGUCCAAACUUGAAGUCGCGUUACUUGCUGAGCAAGAAAUCUAAGGAAAUUGUACUGAAUGUGAUUGGUCUUCAAACUGAAGGCAGAAAUUAUGUGGAUUUUUCGUAUCCUGUUGAAGUUGAAGUUAUGCCUAGUAACACUGGUGAGGAAUUUGAGUCCAGAAAAUUGAAAGAGGAAGAAGUGAUGGCUGCUUUGAGAGACGUUGACGGGGUCACUAUGAUUGGGAUAUGUGGUAUGGGUGGUGUUGGUAAGACAACAAUGACUGAGAAAAUAAGACAAAAGGCAAAACAAGAAAGGUUGUUCACUGAUGUUGUCAUGGUAACUGUGAGUCAACAACCGGACUUCAAAAGAAUUCAGGAUGAAAUUGCAAGAGAAGCUGGGCUGACCUUAGAAGGGAAUAAUUUGUGGAGUCGUGGAGAUCAGCUGUGUUCAAGGUUAAUGGAUCAGGACAGCAGCAUCCUUAUAAUCUUGGAUGAUGUUUGGAAGGCUCUUGAACUAGAAAAACUUGGAAUUCCCAGUGGUAGCAACCAAAAUCAUCAGUGUAAAGUGAUAUUCACAACACGUUUCCGAUCUGUUUGUGAAGCAAUGAUAGCUCAGAAGAUCAUGGAAGUUGGAACCUUAUCUGAGGAGGAAGCAUGGAUCCUUUUCAGCCAGAAAGUUGGUAAUUCAAUCGACGAUCUUUCUCUACUUGACAUAGCAAAAGAUGUCGCCAAAGAAUGCAAUGGGCUGCCGCUUGCAAUUAUUACAGUUGCAGGAGCACUAAAAAAGCAUAAAACCAAGCGUUCGUGGGACUGUGCCCUUGAACAAUUGCGUGGUGCAGUAACAAUAAAUAUCCCUGAAGUUCUCACAGAGGUGUAUAAACCUCUGAGGCUAAGCUAUGAUUACUUGGGAAGUAAUGAAGCUAAGUACCUCUUUUUGCUUUGUUCCUUGUUCGAGGAAGAUAGUGAUAUCCGUCCUGAAGAAUUACUUAGAUACGGAAUGCAGCUUGGCAUCCUAUCAGAAAUCAGUAAUUUAGAACAUGCAAGAAAUAUGGUGUGUUAUCUAUUAGAAAUAUUGAAAGAUUGUUUCUUGUUAUCCCAAGGUUCAAACAAAAGUUAUGUCAAAAUGCAUGAUGUGGUCCGUGAUGUGGCUAUAAGUAUUGCGUCUGAGGGAGAGCAUAACUUUAUGGUAAGUCACCAUAUGAACUCGGAAGAGUUCCCAAGAAGAACUUCCUAUGAGCAUUUCAGUCACAUGUCAAUUGUUGCAAAUAAAUUUGAUGAGCUUCCUAGCCCAAUCGUUUGUCCAAAACUGAAGCUUCUAAUGUUAAAACUCUGUUUCGUAAAGCCAUUCAAAUUACAGGACAAUUUUUUUGAUGGCAUGAGUAAACUCAACGUCUUAAGCCUGAGUGGAUAUGCGGACUCCAUUUGGUCUUUUCCAGCAUCCGUUCAGAGGUUGUCAUGUCUGAGGACGCUGUGUCUGAGUAAUGUACGGUUGGAUGACAUAUCCAUCAUUGGAGAACUUGUCACUUUAGAAAUUCUCAGCAUACGAGAUUCUCAGUUAGAGGAGCUGCCAGUGGAGAUAGGAAAAUUGACGAAUCUAAUUAUGUUAGAGUUUUGGAAUGAGAAUAAAUCACUCGAAAGGAUUUCAGCAGGGGUCUUAGCAAGACUAACUCGAUUGGAGGAACUACAUAUGAUGAAAGUUAAACAUUGUAGUUACUCCACCUUGAGUGAACUGGAAUCUUUAUCGAAAUUGACUGCACUGACACUGAGUGAAUGUUCCGAAGAUGUGAUCUACAGUGACUUGUGCCUUCCCUCCAAGUUGGCACGGUACACUCUUACGGUGGGUGAAGCUUACAGAGCGGCUUCAAACAUGGAUGAUUACGACAAGAAUAUUGCUUUAAAUGUCACUGAGACUGCCCCAUUGGGUGAUUGGAUCUGCCACACGUUGAAGAAGAGCGAAGUUGUACAUUCAACCGGAAAGGGCUCUAAUAAUGUGUUGACUGAGUUGCAGCUGAAUAAACUUCAGAACGUGAAAUGUCUCAGCCUCUUUGAUUGUGAUUUAGUCACACAUUUAUUGAACAUCUCUCGGAGUACACAUGAAGUAAUCAAGUUCCCGAAUUUACAUGAGUUGGAACUUCAAUCUCUGGAAUUCUUCACACACUUUUGCAGUGACAAUGUUGAGGGCAUUGAGUUCCCUCGGUUGCGGAAAAUGAAGCUCAACAGAUUACAUCAGUUCCAAAAUUUCUGGCCUACAGCCAACAACUCCAUCACUCACUCAACUCCUCUUUUCCAUGAAAAGGUUUGUUGUCCGAACUUGGAAGUGCUAUUGAUUGAUAAAGCUAACAGCAUAAGUGCUCUAUGCUCUCAUCAACAUCCUAUGGCCUACUUCAGCAAACUUGUACACUUGAAAGUAUAUAGUUGUGGAAAAUUGAGAAACUUGAUGUCUCCGUCAGUGGCCAGAGGUAUUUUGAAUCUCCGAAUACUACAAAUAGCAGCCUGCAUAUCAAUGGAAGAAGUGAUCACGGAAGAGGAACAACAAGGAGAAGAAAUCAUGACUAAUGAGCCUUUAUUUCCCCUAUUGGAAGAGUUGUACCUUUACGAUCUGCCAAAGCUGGGGCAUUUCUUUAUGAAUAAGUGUUCUUAUGACUUUCCAUUUCUCGGAGUAGUGUCGAUUCUUAACUGCCCUGAAAUGAAGACAUUUGUCCAAAUCAAGGGCGUAUACAUAUCCAGGAGGGGGUCAUCGGGUUCACGUGAACCCAUGGUCCCCUCCUAAAAUCAUAUAUAGUAGUGUUAUA